UGUUUACUAAAGAACAUUUUUUUCAUUUGGUUUCUUACACUAGCUUUAUGAAAAUGUGCUAACGACUGAUUCUGAAGUUCUGCAAAGUGCUUGAAUUAGAACAUUAGUGUGCUAUAGAUACCAUCCAGGACCGCCCCAAAAGGGAGGGGUCUAAAAACACACCCAUUAAACACACCCUGCUUGUUAAAAGCUGGAGCACUGAGACAGAAAGUAAUGCCCAACCCACAGGCGCUCCUUUAAGGUAAGAUCUGUAUAUUUGUUUUAACAAAGGCAGCAUUUAUUUAGCAGAUACAUACGGAAAAAAAAUAUAUUUUUACAGUGUAUGAAAAUGACAAAAAAUGUAUUUGAUAAAAAUAUUUUUAAAUGCAUUAGUAUUCAUUAUUAUAGGUUUUCAGUUGUGUGUAGUUGUAAUAAAGGUUAUAGAUGUAACUAAACAGUUUAGUGUUUGAAAUAUGUCUCAAGUAUUUUUUCCCACAUGGGCAUGUACGCAUGUGUAUGCGUCACUCUCGUUUCAGUGGAAGAUAUGGCUGAUUUAGCUAAUAUUGCGUCUGCAGUCAUAGCUGGAGCAUCGCUGGUCGGCACCAGCAUCGAGCAAAUCUCCAACAAUAUAAACACUGAGAGGAAUGUGACCAUAGACAUAUGCAACUACAGUGAGAAAUACAUCCUCAGAAACCCGAGAGUGCACACCUACAGUGGAUACAGCCAUGAUCCUCCUCAACCCACCAUCAGACCAAACACCACAGAGGCCUGUUCAUUCACCAAAAAACCCAACACAGCGUGGGGCUGUGCGGGCGUCCUGAUGUACGAUGUCGCAGAUGAUGAGGACUGUCCCGCCGUCUGCUGUGUAGCCAUCAUGUUCUCUGUUCCUUACAACUACAAUCACUAUGAAAACUUAUUCGCUCUGGGUGUUUUUGAUACCAACACAUCUUGUGAUGAGUCUCUGUACAACAUGAUGUACUACGAAACUGGCCCCUUCAUGAAGGAUAAGUGUUCAGGGAGUGAAGUUAGAUUUGAGAAAUAUGGUGUUGAAUUCAAAGGAACCAUGUCUCCAAGAGCCUUUGAACGCCUGGUCCUAGACCACCUGAAGAACAUUACAAACCCUCUGCUAGAUCCCCUGCAGUUCACAUACAGAGCUAACAGGUCUGUUGAUGAGACGGUCAACUUGGCCCUGCACUUCAUUCUACAGCAUGAUCGACAGUCAUGGAACCUACGCUAG